GACGUACCAAGAGUGGUGCGAAGGCUUGUGUUCGCGUAUCGUGGAAAGGAGCAGGAGAGAGUGACAAAGAUUGUCAAAGUCAGACGUGUGACUGGGGGUGGCCUCUGUUCACGUUUUUUUUCUUUUUGUAGGAACUUGUUUAAAACCUGGAAGAAAUUGUAUUGUAUUCGUUUCAACAAUGGAAACCUCAAUAUUAGAUGAUGUUCGGAAGUCUCCGGUGAAGGUGCUCAUGCAGCCAUGCUCGCAGACCAAGCAGCUCACGCACCUGCCCAAGCGGCCACCCGUCGACAUCGCCUUCAGCGAACUCACCUACACUGUCCGCGAAGGUCGCAAAAAGAAAGAGAAGACGAUCCUGAAGAGUGUAAGUGGGCAAUUGAGAUCUGGAGAGCUGACAGCUAUCAUGGGACCAUCUGGUGCGGGAAAAAGUACGCUCCUCAAUAUUCUCACUGGAUACAAGACAUCUGGAAUGAAAGGUUCCAUUACUACCAAUGGCCAGGAACGUAAUCUCCGACAUUUCAGCAAGCUUUCUGCCUAUAUUAUGCAAGACAAUCAGUUGCAUGGCAAUCUAACAGUGGGAGAAGCAAUGCACGUUGCAACAGGUCUUAAGCUUGGCAAAGAUGUAGAUAAAGAAGAAAAAGUUGAAGUGAUUAAAGAAAUUCUCGAAACUCUUGGCUUGCUUGAGCACAGCCGAACAAUGACUUCUAACCUAUCUGGAGGACAAAAGAAGAGGCUCUCAAUUGCCUUAGAACUUGUUAAUAAUCCACCUAUUAUGUUUUUUGAUGAACCCACCAGUGGUCUCGAUAGUUCAUCGUGCUUUCAAUGUAUAUCUUUGCUAAAAUCAUUAGCUCGUGGAGGUCGCACAAUUAUAUGUACUAUUCAUCAACCAAGUGCGAGAUUGUUUGAAAUGUUUGACCACUUGUAUACACUAGCUGAUGGACAGUGUGUGUAUCAAGGAUCUACACAAUCCUUAGUACCAUUUAUGGCUACAUUAGGACUUGUAUGUCCUAGUUAUCAUAAUCCAGCAUCUUUCAUAAUUGAAGUAGCCUGUGGUGAAUAUGGUGACAACACUCGAAAACUAGUAAAUGCCAUCCAAAAUGGAAAACAUAAUAUUCGUGAUGGUAAAUCAUUUCCUACUGGUCCUAUUGAAAAACUGAAUAAUGCCUCUGAAGAUAAGGUGGGAGAUGCAGAGGAGAACCGAAAUAUUGCUGUAGAUCCCUCGCCAAGUGACAAUAAAGAUGGCAAAAGUUCAUCAGGAAAUGUCAAUUUAUUUGCUUCUUAUGUUACUAAUGAUAUUGCUAAGGAUUCAGAAGGUACUGGAGAUGGUCAGAGCAGAGUGGUUAUCCCUAUGGAUUUGUCCAUAUCAGAAAAGCAAGACAAUGUACAAACACCUCUCAUGAAUACAGGAAAUCAGAAACUCCAACCUUACCCCAUUUCAGAAGCCUUGCAGUUUUGGUUGGUUCUGAAGAGAACUCUUUUGUUCAGUCGAAGAGAUUGGACACUGAUGUACUUGCGUCUUUUUGCCCAUAUACUUGUUGGAUUGCUUAUUGGAGCUUUGUAUUAUGAUAUUGGAAAUGAUGGAGCAAAAGUUCUAAGUAAUCUUGGAUUUUUGUUCUUCAAUAUGCUUUUCCUUAUGUAUACAUCUAUGACUAUCACAAUUCUGUCAUUUCCUCUUGAGAUGCCAGUUCUUAUAAAAGAACAUUUCAAUAGAUGGUAUUCAUUACGAUCUUAUUAUUUAGCAAUCACAGUUUCUGAUAUACCAUUUCAGGCAAUAUUUUGUGUAAUUUAUGUGGCAAUAGUCUACUAUUUUACUUCACAACCCCCUGAAAUGUGGAGAUUCGCCAUGUUUUUAGCAGCAUGUCUAUUAAUUUCCUUUGUUGCCCAAAGUGUUGGUCUAGUGGUUGGUGCAGCAAUGAAUGUACAGAAUGGUGUGUUCUUGGCUCCUGUAAUGUCUGUGCCAUUUUUGCUAUUUUCUGGAUUUUUUGUGAGUUUUGAUGCUAUUCCUAUUUACCUUCGUUGGAUUACAUAUCUGAGUUAUAUUCGUUAUGGUUUUGAGGGUACUGCUCUUGCAACAUAUGGUUAUGAAAGAGAGAAGCUCAAAUGUCACCAAGCAUAUUGCCACUUCAAAGCCCCUGAAACUACUUUGGAAGAGCUUGACAUGUUGAAUGCAGACUUUACCAUAGAUAUUAUUGCUUUAGUUGUCAUUUUCUUUGUUCUUCGUAUUUCUGCGUUUGUCUUCUUACGCUGGAAACUGAUGUCUCAACGAUGAAGAAAGAAUGAGAAGAAAAUAAUCAUUUCCAAAUUCGUUUCUGUUCACCACAGAAUGUUAGCAAGGGGCUUUGGAUUUUAAUUGUUUUUCAGUAUAUUAUUUUUUAAAUGUGUUUUUAUACUAAAUACACAUAUGGCAUUACCACUGUUAAAAUUCAUGCACUGUUUGUGUUUCUUAUAACUUUCUAUCCUCUUGUUGACUUUGGUGAUUAAAAUAAUUACUUUUGUCUGAAAAGAAAACUAUAUAAAAGUGAACACCUGAAUAUUCUUCAUUUUAUACUUAAAUGAUGUGAUGCAUCGAAUAGAAGAAUUUUUGUAUUAAGGUCUCUUAAGUGAUGUGUUUAUGUUCUCUUAAUGUGCAGCAGCAGUAGUAGUAGUAGUAGUAGAUGUUAAAAUCAUACAGUACAAUUAUCAUCUAUGUUAUGAUUUUUUGUCCACUAUUUCUUUUUAGUUAUGAUACUAAAAUGCGAAGUGUCUGUUGAAUCCUGUAUAAAUACUCUUUGCUCAACAUACAUAAUAUUAUUUAAUGUCCUACACGUUCACCUUUUCUCCUGCAGAUGGUUUUGAGAAUGUAAAGAUUUAGUUCAGUAGGAACAAAGCAGGUUACUUCAAUACAUUUUCAUGUGACUAUAUUUUCUUCUUGCCUAAAUGUUCAAAGAAGUUACAGAGGAAAAAGCUGUUGUUCUUCUGUAAUGUAACAGUUCAUUCCUUAUCAAUAGCAAGAAAAAGAAAAUUCAUCCCUGGUCUACCCUUUACCUUGUUUUCAAUGUGUGUCCACAUGGAACAUCGAAGGUCCAUGUUGAUUAAGCAAGUUCGUUCGAUUGUAUUACUCUAGUACAAUUACCAAGCAACUUCCGUGUUUGUAUUGUGUUAUUUUAAAUUUUUAUACAUCUUUACAUAAUUUGUUGCUUUUUGUAUGACACUAUAACUUUAUUGUAAGUAUUGAAAAUACUAUAUUCAGAGUAAUGGGGUGAGGAAUAUUUUAGAAUUUGCAUCUGCAAACUCAUGACAAUAUUAUCAGGGUACAUAAAAUAUUUUGUGUGUGAUAACUUACUGGACAUUUCUAUAUAGAUAACAUUUCAAAUUUUCCAUGUGGGAAAGCUUUUAUGAGGUAAUUCAGUUUGUGGAGUGAUUUAAAGUUUUGGAGUGAGUAAAGAACAUUAUUCUAAUUGGAAUUGUAAAUGCAGUAAACAUUUUUUUACCCAUUCACUGUUUCAAAAAUUAAAAUUUUUGAAGUGUGUAUUUUACAAGUUACUGUAAAUUUGAAUUGGGGUGUAAAGAAUCAUUGACACACAUUCCUCUUAUAUCAAAUGUUCCAAGGAAGAUUCAUAAGUAUGUGAUUGUUUAAAUUGUAUCAUAUUCAUUUUGCAUUGUAUUAUUUUGUAUCUUAAAUAUUGCAAUGUGCCCUUACUUGUUGAGAUGUCCAUUGUAUAGGCAUUUAUAAUAUAAUAUAUAUUUAUACAUAUAUUUUUGUAGAGAAUAUAGUUAUAUUUUGAAAAAGUUUAUGAAAACUUCUCAACUAAUUGUGUGAAUUGGAGAAAACUUGUGAUGGUGACAAGGGAACCAAAGGCAAAGGAAUAAGCCUCUUUUUUCUGGACAUUUGUUCAGUUACUUGGGGAAGAAAUCAUUUAUUUUAAUGGUGCUCAUUGAGAUGUAUUUUAUUUAUAAAUGUGAAUAAACUUAUUCUAUGAAAAGUAUGGAAUAUUAAUUUUUAUUACAUUUUGAUCUUAA